CCCAGCCAGGACUACAUUUCCCAGGCUGCUUUGCGGCCAGGCUUAGCUCAGCUGGGAGCUCGAGGGAGGAAGUGAGGGGUUUUUUUUGGAGUGGUGGGGGCUGUUCAGAGAUGCCUUUGCUGAUCAAUGGGGAGCAAAUCGAUCUGUCCCAGCCCACCCGGGAGCUGAUCUACUCCUACCCAGAGCUGGAGGAGAGAGCUAAAUUACUCAGAAGCCAAUCUGCUCAAAUCGUGGGGCCCAAAGGACUGCUCUAUGUCCAGCAAAGAGAGUUUGCUGCAACCACACCGAAAGAUGGUUCAGUUUCUAUCCUUGGGUCCGACGAUGCAACGACUUGCCAUUUGGUGGUGGUCAGACACACAGGUAGCGGGGCCAUCUGUCUGACUCACUGUGAUGGAUCGGAUACCGAAACGGAAGUGUUGUUAAUUACCAAUGCAGUAAAGGUGCUCUCCCCUGACACAGAAUGUGGAAGGUUGGAGGUCCACCUGGUUGGAGGCUUCAAUGAUGAUCGGCAUUUAUCCCAACGACUCACCAAUCAACUCCUUAGAGCAUUUGACCGCUUGCAAGAUAGCAUCCAUUUAGUGACUUUCUGUGUAACAGAAUUAAAUGACCGGCUGGAUAAAGGCAAUCACUUUCCAUUUAUUUAUGGCAUUGCAGCGAAUGUUAAAACAGGAGAGGUUUUCCAUGCAACAUUUCCAGACAGGGGACCCGAUGAGGACUUGCGGUCAGCCAGUAUCUUAGAAGGAGCCAAGAUGGUUAACAUUUAUGACUCCAGGAAGGAGCAACUCUGUAUUGGGCCUUACUUCUGGAUGCCUUCCCCUGCUGUGGAUUACUGGCUAGAACAGGACGAUGAAUACAUUUUGCAGAAUCUCUCUACAUCUCCUCUGGCUGAACCACCUCACUUCGUAUCCCACAUCAGAGCUUCCCUGACCUGCUUAAAAGAGCAUCCCUUUCCAGAGAAGACCCUGUUCCCUAGCAGAAAACCUUGGAUCUACUGGAAAAAUGAAGAAGGCCUCUGGGAGAAGGUCUCUCCUGACCAGAUCUAAGCGAACGAAGAGAACUCGACCACUGUGGCUGUGCCAAAGGAAGAAUGGCUGUUCUUGGUGGCCAAGACAGCACUUGGCUUCAUGCAUGGACUUGUGCCCUUUGCCUAAUAAUAGUAAAUAUUUUAGGAGCAACGUGCUUCUUGGAAUGCUGUCGCUUUUGGCAAAGACUUGUAAGAUUCCAAAACCUUCCAACAACUGGGUACAACAUAGGUAAGGCAACGUAUUUUGAAUGGACUCCUGUUGGGGUGUGACCAAGGUAGGGCAGACAUCUCUACUGGUACCCCCCACAUCCCCGCUUUUGUGUGCGAUUGGCAGGAUGUCAUUUUGUCCUGCUGCACCCCAAGAGAGAAGAAUCAUUCCCUAUGCGUCUGCAAGCUCUGCACAUCAGAAGUCAGUUUGUAAACUUCAGGUCACUUCAUGAACUAGCAGCCUCUACAAGCUGUCUGUCUAGACUAGGCCUGCUCAACUUAGCCCUCCCCACCCCAGCUGUAUUUGGACUACAACUCCCAUAAUCCACAGCCACAGCAGCCAAUAGCCAGGGAUAAUGGGAAUUGCAGGCCAACCCCUGCAAGAGGGCCAAAGUUAAGUGGACCAUGGAUGCACAAUUUUGGCCUGGCAGCUGUGAUUGGACUACAGCUCCCAUCAUCCACAGCUGCAGUGCCCAGUGAUUAGGGAUGAUGGGAGUUGUAGUCCAGCCACAGUUACAGGGCUGAAAUUGUGCAGCCCUGCUCUAGAACCGCUUUCUUUGCUUUUCAGGACAUGUCUUUUAUUUUUUUGAAUCCCCAAAGCUUUAUGAUUUGUUCCUGAUUUGAAGGGGACUUAAAAAUGUAUGUAUUUAUAACCAUUCAUUCCCUCUGGAUAGCUGAGCCUUCCCUUGCUAGAGCUCUGUGUAAGCUGAAAAUAUACAGCUUUCUGCUGCCUUGCCAAUUUUUAUAUUUCCUCUACGGCCCCAACAUGAUGAUCAUGACCUGAGGUUCAUGGGUUUCGCCCCACUUUGUUUGAAACGAUUGUGUGUAUUCCUUGAAUCGUUGCAUGGGGAGUCAGUCAUCCAUUCCACCUCCCACCUCCAAAAUGGGACACCCUGUAUGAGGGCUCCUUAAAGUUACGAGACUCAAAUCGCCCCCUGGCGUGCUGCCUGCACCUUCCUCGGAAAUGUGCCGUUGGCUUUGUCUUUUAGCCGCAUCCUGCAGAACUGUGUUAAAAAUAAAUCUGCACUUUUCUUCAAA